UUGGAAUAAUAUUCCGCGAGAAGAAACCGGUGAACCUGCGAGGAAAAAAUCGAUAGUAUAAAUUAAAAAUCGGUGAAAGUAUAAAUUAAGUGACAAAGAUAAACGGCAAUGUCAGAUGUCAAUAAUGUGCGUGUGGCGGUACGCAUACGUCCUAUUGUGCCUUCAGGACGAGAGCGUGGUUCCCAGAAGCUGUGGAGCGCGUCGACGAUUCUGCACAGACGUUGGGUGUUUAAUAGACUGUUCACUAAAGACCCCAGCUAUAUCAACAGCAGCAGCGGCUAUAUAAACUGAGUAUUUAUUAUACAAAGGCUUACACGGAAAUAUUAGAGUGAUUUUCUUUAAAUGCACUAAAAUAAAUACAAAAUAACGAAGCAAAAGGAAAGGAGAAAGUCUUCGUUACGCAGUGAAUUAGGCGCUUUGGCAAGAUAAGUUGGAAGUCAUAAGGCGGUCAAUCGUGCGCUUCAACGCCUAAGGUCGUGGGCAUAUCUUCAACAACGCAAAUUCAACCAACAAACUAAUUCGCUCAUUAUUCAUCCAGUUGGUUAUAUGCAUAGACCCAAAAAAACGGUUUUCCGCUUAAAAUCCUUGGAAUAGAAUUCAAAGGGCAGGCAACGACGGCGACUAUGCAACUGCAUCCAAUGACAAAUUUCAUCUGUUAAUCAGAAAGUAAAUGUGUGAACAAUAAUUACGAUUCUACAACUCUAUAUACACAUACAUAUAUCUGAAUAGUAUUCAACAAUUAAUAACGUAAAAGAAAUUAAUAAUCAGGAAGCAGCGGUGUACGCAAUCGAGAGAAGUAGAAGCAGAGUGCGACACACGAAAGACGAAGAGUCGAAGGAAUUUAUUGUGCGUAGCUGAAAAGAGCACACAAAAAGCAAAUUUAAACCAGUUUUAAACAGAAAUAACAAAUAUUUUAAUUAUACACUUAAUAAUAUACAUUACAAUAUUUUAUUUUAAAUCAUAUAUAUGUAUAACAAAACACAAAUAAGUUCAAACUAAAAACAAAACAAAAACAAAAAAGUACUUUGUGAAAAACCAACGUUUUGUUGGUAAUUAGAAUUGCAAAAGAAAAAGAACAUAAAUAAAAACAAAAAAAAAAUCACGCAAAAAAGGCGAUUGAUCGAGAUUAACUAGCCCAAGUGUGAGCCUAAACACGCUCUGCGUACUGAAUAUAAUCUCAAUCUCAACGAUACCCAUAAGAGGCUUCAAUUUGUGCUUAAAUCCGCUUUUGGAUUUUCGUGCAGAAAUAUUUAGUGCCACCAGUGGUUGCAAAGAAGUCUGAAAAAAGGCGCCAUUUUAAAGCGAAAGCAAACACAUAAAAUAAUAAAACCAAAAAAAAAAAAAAACAAAAAACAAUAAAAAAAAAUAAGAACAUUGCCAAUCGCUGAGCUGAAACCCAAAACAAAAAAAUAAAUCCAGUGGAAUUUCGUAUACUUUUGGAUACUAUUGAGUUGCAGAGCAAACAACAACAUCGGCAUACAACGUAUCAGCUGGCGUACAUCAAUCUUCUAUUCUAUUAAGACUUUACUCGCAAAACAAGCCAUUUUACUAAUUGACGAUAUAUACAUUUACGACAAAUAUUUUUCCAACGUUAUUUUGCCUAUUUCUUUAUUGAAAGCCGUUUAGAAGCAAACUUUGUUCCCACGAAUUCGUAACUUUUUCGCGCAUUACUCGUAUUCUUAUCGCUUUUACUACUUAUAUAUAAAAUAUUCAUCGUUUUAGUUUAUGAAAUCGUGUCGAGCUGGUCAUUUACACAAACAUAUAUUCUCAUAAUUUGCAAAGAUACGAGCGCCAUAUUUGUAUUAUUUUAAACUAAAACUAAAAAAAAAAACCAAAGCCAAAUCCUUAAAAUACAAAGGAAUUCGGAAAAAAGAGAAGUCUCACAAAAUCAACCACCAGGAUAUCAAAAUCUCUGAACAAAACUAAUCAAACUUGAACUUGAGAAGAGGGGAAACCAUACAAUUUAACUCAACAAAAGAUUUAAAAGCAGAAAACCUUAAUCUAAACCUAUUUAGAAAAAAAACACACACUACAACAAAGAACGGCAUUUGCCGCAUUUGCCUAAAACAAAUCACCGAAACUCCAACUUCCGUUUUUUGCCGCCGGAUAUUCAAAAAUACUACAAAUAUAUUUAAUAAUAAUUAAGACAGCAAUUGAGAUUUGCACGCUUUACGAAAACCUCUGCAUUCUUGAAAACUCUUGUCCGCUUACACGCAUUUGUCGGUCAGCAAGCGAAAGUUUUUGCGCUUCAAUUAAUCUAAUUGGGCACUGAGUAUCAAGUGCGCAUUUGAAUUUUUGCCUUCAAAGCUAAGUUAAUUGCUGAAUUUUUUUCUUUUAAACGCGAGCGCAAACGCAAACGCCACUUAUGGCAUCACUCGAGGAACAACCAAUUUCUACGAUCACCGCCAUUUCCACCUUUGAUCCCGCUACCACCAAUACCUCUACUGAUAUCACUUCGACCACAUCCAACAACUCUUCCGGUACUGCUGUUGCCAACUCACUGGUUGGCAACUCGCUGGUGUCAUCAUUGGAGCCCGAUUUUGGCAUUACCGCUUGUGCUGAGAAGCAACUGCUGACCCCCAUCGUCAAUAAUUUGAGUGCCGGAGGCAACAACACAGGCGCGUCCAAUAUUAAUACGAACGCUACGUCUACUGGUGUGGCUGUUGAUUCUAUCGUGGAGAAGCUUGUGAGUUCGCUAACACUGGACAUGGACAACGAACCGAUUGGUAGUGGCAACACAACGUUGUCACGUGAAUUUAACGGUAACGGAGUUGUGGCCAGCGAUCAUAAGAGCGUGUCUUCGCGUUCGUCCUCCUUGGCUGGUACUAUGUUUAGCGAGGUAUUCGAGAAUAAAGGCAGCGAUUUGGAAUCGGGUUCGCUUGAGGAUUCGUGUGGCUCGUUGGGUGCCGAUGGCAUGGACAAGAAUUGCAAGAUCUGCAGCUCGCGCUUAGUAUCACCUCGUGUGCUCUCAUGCCUCCAUGUUUUUUGCGAAUCUUGUUUGUUGAAAUUGCUUACAGACGAGUCGAAUGGCAAUUCCUCAUCGGCUUCAUCCACUACUUCGACCGCUGGAGAACUAAUGCCACCAUUGAAAUCUGUUAUCGAGUGUCCCACUUGCAAGCAAGUGACUAUGAUUGGCUCCAAGGGCAUUGAAUCAUUGACAUGCGAUUAUAUUUUGACCAAUAUUCUUGAUCUCUCCACCAUCGAAUCGGAGCAGCUGUCGUGCACUUCUUGCAAGAGCAAAGAGAAAGCCAUAUCACGUUGCAGCGAGUGCGCCAAUUUCUUAUGUAGCGGUUGUGAUAAUGCCCACAAGUAUAUGCGUUGCUUCGAGAAUCAUGAGGUGGUCAAGCUUGAGGACUUACAGAAGGCUACAGCCGACAAACCAUUGACCAUCCAUAAGCCGCUUUUCUGCAAUGUGCAUACUGCUGAAAAUCUAAAGUAUUAUUGCUUCAAUUGCCAGAUUCCGGUUUGCAACGAUUGUUUAAUUGCCGAUCAUAAAGGUAGUGAGCAUCAUUACGAUCUUAUCGCUAUGGCCGAGAAGUCGGUGCGUGUUGAUGUCGAGAACUUGAUGAAGGAAGCUAAAUCAAAGGUGCAAUAUUGCGAUGCUGCUGCUUCAAAUCUAUCCAGCGCUCUCACUGAGCUUCAAUCUCAACACGAUUCGGCACGUGCCCGCAUCGAGGAGACCUAUCAGAAUUACAAGAAGAUUUUGGAAAAAUGUCGCGAUCAAUCACUUACCGAAUUAGGCAAAUUGCACUCGGAACGGGAACUUAAAAUUAUGGAUUUGUUGCAGAACAUCGAGAACACCAGCGGUAAAAUCGAUAGCACCUGCAAGUUUACGAUGCGUGUACUGGAGCAGGCCAAUGGCGCCGAGUUUCUCUCAAUGAAAAUGCUAAUAAGCACUCAAUUUAUAAAUCUCAUUAGUAGUACACCCAAAUGUGACAUUAACUACUCGCUGACUUUUGACACGAAAACCGAGAAGUUCGAACAAGUCGCCCAGGAGACGUUCGGAAAAUUCCGCACCGAAUCCACGCCUCCUUCACCGAAGGAGAGUACACCGCCACCAACUUUACCCGGCAUGCCACCCACCAUGAUGAGCAGCCGUAAUGGUGGCAUGAAUACUUGUGGCUCACAAGGGCAGUUGGCUGGUGGCAGUUCUGUUACUGCCAGCAGCCCAAUAUCGCUGCCUACAUCCAUGCAGAGCUCUUUUGAUGGUGAUUUCUCGGUACUAGGCAAUGGAUUCCUAAUGCCCAAUGUGAUGGCUCCUGAUUCCCCACCACAUCAGCCACCCACUUUGCACCAUCAAAUUUCGCAACAGCAACAACUACCACUACCACCACCAAGCCAACCACCAGUACAUGGGGUUAAUGGUGUUAGAGGCUUCGAAGGUGGUGUUAACUGUGUCAAUGCUGUCGGUAUGUCUGGUUCAGGUAUUGCCAACGGCUUGAACGCGCUUUCUGGCGGGCACGGUCCCAUUCAUGGCCACAAUCAAGGCCAAGGUCAUGGUCACGGUCAUGGCCAUAAUGCUGGUGGCUCCAAUCCGCUGAGUGGACCUGGUAAUAAUUUAAAUGUUGGUUUGAACAGCAAUACAUUGGGCAAUGGGAUAAACGCGUCACUUAACCAAGGCCUCAACGGACUCAACGGUGGUACUAGCGGUAUGAACGGCGGUCUUAACGGCAACCUCAAUGCUGGACUUAAUGGGCCAGCAAAUGGUGUCGGUGUUGGUGGUGGUGCACCACCACCAAGCGCUUACAACAGUAUUCUUGAGUAUAAUUUGUCACGUCUUGCCAGCCUAACUGAGGCAACACCAGAUGUUGCCCUAAACGAUGCUUUAGUGGGCCCAGGUGCUGGCGCUGGUGGUCACCACCAGGCGGUAGUACCAGCAUCGUCAUCGCAAAAUCAACAAAUCUCAUUGGCAGAUAUACUCUCAGGUGAUCAGCGCGCCUUUAACAAUUUACAAGCACUUGCCAAAAUGGGGCUCAAUAACAAUGUAGAUUUUCACACAGACAUGAAUCAGCUUUUAUCGAGCGGAGCUUCACCCGGAAUUGAUUGUAUAUUACCAGAUUUCUGCCUACCCGCAGCCACAUCGCCCAGCCUCUCAACACUUGGGCCACUUGGUGCUGGACCCGUCGACGACAUGUCGAUUGCAAAUUUCCAUGCUGGUGCCGCACCAGGCACAACCAACAUCGUUACCGGGCGCAACAAAGCCACACCAAUGCAGAUUCGUUGCAAAUUCGGUUCACUUGGCACCACCAAAGGCCAAUUUAAUUCACCACAUGGUUUUUGUUUGGGCGUCGACGAGGAGAUUAUUGUCGCCGAUACGAAUAAUCAUCGCAUUGAAGUUUUUGACAAAACCGGCACACUGAAAUUCCAAUUUGGCGUACCUGGCAAAGAGGAAGGUCAACUGUGGUAUCCACGUAAGGUGGCUGUCAUGCAUACCAAUGGAAAAUUUGUCGUCUGUGAUCGCGGCAAUGAACGUUCACGUAUGCAGAUCUUCUCAAAAUGCGGACACUUUAUGCGUAAGAUUGCCAUCAGAUACAUUGAUAUCGUCGCUGGCUUGGCCGUAACCUCGAAGGGCCAUAUUGUGGCUGUAGAUAGUGUUUCACCAACAGUGUUCGUCAUAUCGGAGGAUGGUGAACUGGUGCGUUGGUUUGAUUGCAGUGACUAUAUGCGUGAACCUUCGGAUAUUGCCAUACGAGACAACGAUUUCUAUGUAUGCGACUUCAAAGGUCAUUGCGUUGCUGUCUUCCAAGAAGAUGGUACUUUCCAAUAUCGCAUCGGCAAUGAGAAAGUCACCUGCUUCCCAAAUGGUAUUGAUAUUUCCAAUGCCGGUGAUAUUUUGAUUGGUGACUCACAUGGCAAUCGCUUCCACGUAGCCUGCUAUUCGCGCGAUGGUAUUUUACAAUCGGAAUUUGAGUGUCCACAUGUUAAGGUUUCACGCUGUUGUGGCUUAAAGAUAACCUCCGAAGGUUAUGUAGUCACUUUGGCCAAGAACAAUCACCAUGUGUUAGUACUUAAUACGCUCUACGUUCACUGAUCGCAAAUCAAAACCACAACUAGCAGUUGUAGCAGUAUAAGUGCCAGCAGCAACAGCCAUAAUAACACCAGCGGCAACAUAAACACUUUUCCAAUGAAUG